GAUUUCAAGAAUUGAAAAUCAAAGCAUUUUCAAAAAAAGAAGUAAGACAAUAUAUUAAAAAUUAUGUUCAAAAAAAAGGUUAUAUGUUAAAUUUGAGUGAAGACACAUAUCUACAGCAUAUAACAAAGAUACCAGAAGAGUUGGUUAGCAAUCCAAUUUUGUUAAAGAUUACUUUGACCGUCUUACCACGCUUUAUAGAGCAAGGAAGAACAAUCCAAAUAAGUCGUAUAGAUUUAUAUGAUGAAUUUUUAAAGACAUGGUUUAACCGUGCACAUGAACGUCUGCGUAAUAUUCGAAUGACAGCUGAAGAAAAGAAAAUAUUUAGAACCUUAGAUGAUGACAACUUUCCAGAAUCUUGUCUACAAUUUAGUAAAGAUUUUGCCACUGAAAUGUUUUUAGAUAAUAAUAAGGUUGUUAUAACAAAUAAAACAAAUUGGAAAAAAUUUUUAGGCAAUGAAGAUACUAAGAAUUCCCUGUUACGCUUUAGUAUGCCAUUAAUCCGACGUGAAAAUCAAUAUUGGUUUCUUCAUAAAACCUUGCGAGACCAUUUGAUUGCGCAAGCAUUACUGGAUGAAUUACUGGAGCCAUGCGAAUCUGCAUUAACAGCACUCUUCAACAAGCAGUCGUUUGUGUCAGAGCAUGGAGUUCGCCAAUUUUUAGCUGAACAUAUUUCUCAAAAAACGGAAACUUUCAAACCACUACUAGCUUUUAUUGAAGCUUCUAAAAAUAAUGAAGUUAAAAUUGCUUCUGCUAAUGCUAGUACAAUUUUAACACAGGUUGAUGCAUUAUUAGAGAAUUUAAAUGACUGUAAUAUUUCAGGGGCUGAUCUAAGAAAAGGGAGUUUUAAUAAUUUGCAGGCAGAAGGAGCCAAGUUAAAUAAUGUGAAUUUCGAAAAUGCAAAACUUAACAAUGCGAAUCUCCAAAGUUCAUCUAUGCAAUGUGCGAAUCUUCAAAACGCAGAACUUAAUAAUGCAAAUCUCCAAAGUUCAUCUAUGCAAGGUGCAAAUCUCCAAAACGCAAGGCUUCAGUUUACAAGUCUUCGAGGUUCAUCUCUCCAAAGCGAAUAUCGAGUACCACAAAUUCUUUAUAAUGAAGUAGAAGUUUAUGGAAAAUUUUGGGAAAUAAAAUUUGAAGAUGCUCAAUUAAAUUUAGCUCGGUGGAAAUCUGAUGGUUUAACACAGCCUGUUGUACUUAAAUCUCUUCACAAACAAUUUGAACAAGAUCCAGAGGUAAAUACUUUCAAAUAA